AUGGCGGCGGUGCGGCUACGCAAAGUGUUUCAUUAUCCAGAUGAUUCAGAUCAUGAGCAUGACCGUGAGGAGCUUGAUGAGCAGGAACAGGAGCAGGUGAUUGGGCAGCUGCAGCAACAGAACGAUGCCCGCAACGCCAAUUAUAAUGUUUUAUUUACCGGGAUUUCAUUGGUUUCAACAAUUACUCUUCUCCCAUCGACAUUGUGGGCGUCCAGUCUCCCAGAACGCUUUUGUUCCCUGGUAGGGAUCUUCUCCUUGCUGGCGUCAGCCUACAUUAUGCGGUACUUCCCACUUCAACCAGAUCGUAAGGGCAAAAAGCCCUUGCGCGUUCAAGACGAAAGUUGGCCUUUGGUCCACGCUGCCCUGGUCCCGUUGAAUGGAGUGGUGAGCGGGUUACUGGCACUUUAUGGCUUCCUAGGAAUCCGUUCCUCUGAGCCUUGGUCCGAAAUCUACCUCAUUCCUGGUGCUAUGCUUGGAGCAAUCUUGCUCGCUCGACAGGUAAUGCUCUCAGUGGACCUGUCUGUACUCAAAGACCUCCAGUACGGGUACAAAGGUGCCUAG